AACACUGCGGUUUGAGAAGAGCCCACCUUCUUAUGAAUGCGUGCGUGCUCGCCACCCUUCUGUUGUUCUCUCUCCGGAGCGUGCACGCACGCGUUUAUCCCCACCUCUCAAUGUAUUUCCAGCAUCUGCUGGACUUGUACAGACACCGCGUCGGAUUGCGAAUACAGAUGGAGAUCUCACUGAUGUCUGAUGGCCACCGGCGCACCCGAGCUGCGCGAAAGCACACAAGUCAACUAUGAUACACUGGCAUGUGUCACGAGUGCCAAUUAGCUGUGCGCUGAUGGGAAGCAUAGAGGAACCGGCUGAGAAAGAGAUUUGGUUGGACAUCACAGGAAAAGCUGACCGUGGAAAUGAGUCCUGAAGAGAAACCAAAGAGCCACUUCACCACUGUGAGUCUAUGGAGAGAGAAGUGCAGACUUUCUGUCUUCUCUACGAGGAAAGGAAACUUAAAUGACUUCUGACCAUCAAAGUGAUUUCAUUCUUCAUUUCAAGCAGUUUUACAACGUGCAUUGAUAGAAAUGGCUUAAACUGGUUUCAAACAGCCAAACCUGAAUUAAGAUCACAGUGUUUUAAGUCUAUGGGAAUAUACUGGACAUACAGUCUGUGCAUCUUGAAUGAUAAGUUAAUUCAUAUGCGCAGUCUUCAUGAUUUUUAUCCCGUUACGCACGUUUAAUUCGCAAUAGAAGCGCCUGAAAGAUUCGGAGCGGGAACUCAGGAAAGGUCGGUGCUCCAGUCAGUAGAAGAUUUACGCGCACAGGCCGUUUAAGAAAGAGGACUGGCUGAAUUCUACGUAUUUUUUAACAACAGUAACGCUGUUGUGGCUUUUAUGUCCGUCUGACAGGACGCGGAGUCAAAAGAGGGCGGAAGGUUUACUUUUAAGAAACCGUGUUGAGUUAUUUUUCUCAAGUAUCUUAAAUAUUAUAGAAACAGAUCAUGUUUUUCAACUUGGACAUUUUUUUUUUUUUUUUGACAAAAAUGUAAAAAGUGCUGGACUUUUUAAAUGUUUAGCUGAUCAAGAGUUUUUGGACUUUAUUAUGCAUGACUGUGUCGGAUAUGAGGAAUGCCAUAACUUACAUCGAGCAUAAAUGCUGACAGUCCUCUAAAUGGUCUCAUAAAUACAAUUUUCUUCUUGAAAACCAAUGUAAUGGCUCAUUUAUGGGGAACAUUGUGCACUUGGCAUCAGAAUGGAGUUAAGAAGUUCCCUAAGGAGUCAAAGCAAACAGUCCUUGACUUGAGUGUUCAUUUUUGUGGUGUUAUUAUGUAACUUUGAUUCAUCAGUGAGAGAACAUUUUUGAUUCACUUGUAGUAAGUCGAGAUUCCAAGUGCUUUGGAUAAACCUCUCCGACCCUUGUGCGUCAAAAAAGACAGAAGAGAAGAAGAAUGCGCUAUUGAGGUCAUGAGGUGAAAUAACCAAAACUCUAAAUCCUGGAACUGUCUAAAUGCAUGAGUAAAUUUUUCUUCAUCUAGUCGGCAGAGCUGUUCGGUGCCAUCUCCAUUUGUUUCCCCCUUUUGAUUCUUUUUCCACCCAAGCACCUUAUUUUCAUCAUUUUUUGCAUUUCUCCCAGCUUGCCUCUGAUCUAAACGGUAUCAUGGCAUCUCCUCAACAUCAACAUCUGCUGUUUCACAACAGCGAAGUAAGCUGCGACUCCAGCGGUGAUGGUGCCGUGUCUGUGCGGAUCAGCGGCGCCAAGCCACACAAACAGCAGCGUGGGAGUCUGGGCGCCAGCGCCAUGUGCAGCAUCAUCGGGGGCUCCAAACAUUGCAAGUACAGCAUCUCCUCCAGCUGUAGCUCAGGCGAAACUGCCAUCCGCAAACCAGUUGUCAAAGGCCUCCGGACUCAAAGGAAGAUGCCGCAGCUGUUCGAAAGGUCGGCUGGACAUUUCUGGAACCCCAAGUUUGACUCCAACAUUCUGGAGGAAGCCUGCCGCGAACGCUGCCUCCCUCAAACGCAACGGCGCUUCCGCUGUGUGUUGUUUUACUUGGCGGCCGCAAGCCUCCUCUGGGGGCUGUUCUUCAUCGCUAAUGCUAAUCGAUGUGAACGGACUGCCUUCUUAUUGCCCACGGCUGCCUUCCUACUCCUCUGCUCUGUCCUGUUUGUCUUCACGUUCACCCGGUUCUACGCCCACUGCUACAAUCAAGCCUCGCUGUUGCUCAUCGUGGUGACAUUUGCCCUCACUCUUGCACCUCAGAUCCAGACCUCAGGCUUUAGUGACUUUAAUGUUCCUCCUUUGAACGAUGAAGAAGACGCAGGUGUCUUCAGUGGCGCUGAGGAUAAAAACCUGACGGUUGAAGCCACCCGCAGUGGAGGUCCAGUCGCUCCUUGUUUGUCCCCAGUUGGCACCUUCUCUCUAGGCAUGGAGGUGCUUUCGUUGCUCUACAGUUUCCUCCACGUCCGUUUGUACGCUUCGCUCCUGCUCGGCUUGCUCUACUCAGUGCUUUUUGAGACUCUUGGCUGGAUACAUUUGAUUCAAGGCAAUGGCUGGAGGAACUCCACCGAGGAACAUUUGGAAACGCUCUACUGGCUGAUUCCAGGAAGGGCCAUUUUGCAUCUCUGCGCCCAUGUCAUUGGCAUCCACCUUUUUAUUAUGUCCGAAGUGCGUUCACGCAGCACGUUCCUCAAGGUCGGCCAAGCCAUCAUGCAUGGGAAAGACUUGGAGGUGGAAAAGGCCCUGAAGGAGCGGAUGAUCCACUCGGUGAUGCCUCGUAGGGUGGCUGAUGAGCUCAUGAAGCAGAGCGAUGACGACAAUGACAACUCGGUUAAGCGCUACUCAACGGGAGCGGUCAUUGCAGGCGCCUCCAGCCCAAAGAGCACCAAACGCAAGAAGACGUCGAUUCCUCGGGGCCAGAUCAUCUUUCGGCCGUUCAACAUGAAACGCAUGGAGCCGGUCAGCAUCCUGUUCGCUGACAUUGUGGGAUUCACCAAGAUGAGUGCCAAUAAGUCGGCGCAUGCCCUAGUGGGACUCCUCAACGACUUAUUCGGACGCUUCGAUCGCCUGUGUGAGCUCACGUGUUGCGAGAAGAUCAGCACGCUGGGAGAUUGUUACUAUUGUGUGGCUGGUUGUCCCGAACCAAGAGAGGACCACGCCUACUGCUGUGUAGAGAUGGGGCUUGGGAUGAUCCAGGCCAUUGAGCAGUUCUGUCAAGAAAAGAAAGAGAUGGUGAACAUGCGUGUUGGCAUCCACACGGGCACCGUGCUUUGUGGGAUCCUCGGCAUGAAGCGCUUUAAGUUCGACGUCUGGUCCAAUGAUGUCAACUUAGCCAAUCUUAUGGAGCAGUUGGGUGUUGCCGGGAAGGUGCACCUGUCGGAGGCCACGGACAAGUUUUUGGAUGACCGGUACUUGCGAGAAGAUGGGCGAGUUACAGAAAGGAUUGGACCAAGUGUGGUUGCAGAUCAGCUUAAAGGUCUUAAGACGUAUCUGAUAUCCGGGAGGAAGGUGAAGCUCACCCAGUGGAGCUGCCCUCCAUCUGCUCUGGUGGCUCCUGAGCUCAGACAGUCUCUCAGCUCCUCGUCCUUCAGCCACAGCCCUGACAUCACAUCCUCGGCCUGCGCUCUGCCCCCUGCCCCGGACAGAGCUAAGUCUGCUUGUCCCUCGUGUGGUGCGUUAACUUCUGAAGACGGGGCGGUUCACAGCAACAGCUGCUCAGAUCCUGAUCACAAAACCGUCAACAGCAAGGGACCGCCUGGCCGGAGUCCCAAGACCCUUAAUGGCCUGUUAAGCCCUCAUCUGGAGCAGCCGCUGACACACAGCCAGACCUCUCUGUGCGAGAUGCUGCAGGAAAAGGAGAAGAAGUGGCAUGGAGGCAGCAUGGGAACGAUGGACCACUCCGCCCUCAUCCCACUGCGCUCCAAAAACUUCCGCGAGAGGAGCGACGCUCACUUCGUGGACGUAAUAAAGGAGGACAGUCUGAUGAAAGAUUACUUCUUCAGACCGCCCAUCAACAAGUUGAGUCACACUUUCAUAGACAAAUCCCUGGAGUCGUCUUACAGGACCAGCUACCAGGAUGAGGUUAAGACACAGGCUCCUGUCCAGACGUUUGCCAGUCCAACGUUUAGCUCUUUCCUAGACAUGCUCCUGUGCUUCUCCGUUCUCCUGGCUCUCUCUGUGGCCUGCCUCCUGCGACCGCUGGUUACCCAGCAGCCCCUGCCCACACCUGCCCUCAUAGUGGCCGCAGUUGCAGCUGUGCUUGAAUGUUUGGCCCUAGUGCUGGCAGUACGGCGAGCCUUUUACCUGGACAGAGUCCUGAACUGCACCAGGACCCUCCUCUGGGCCAUUUCCGGCUGGGUUCCCCGUCACAUGAUCGGAGCAGUGCUUGUGUCUUUACCCGCCGUGGCUGUGUUUUCUCAUAUCACCUGCAAUAUGCAUGACUCCAUACAGUUCACCAUGUUCACCUGCUGUGCUGUCAUAAUUGCCAUCAUCCAGUACAGCAAUUUCUGCCAGCUCAGUUUCUGGAUGCGUUCAAGCCUGGCAACGCUUGCAGGACUCACUUUUCUAAGUGUACUCUGGAGCCCCCCUUGCAGCACUUGGGAACGUUUAUUUCUGAGAUCCAGUGACUUCAACAGCAGCUUUAAUGACGUCCAAACGCCUGCAGAAGAUCCAACCCGACCGCAGGACCUGCUCGGCCCGGAAGCUUUGGUAGCCUUCUUCCUGUUGCUCCUCCUCGUUUGGUUCCUAAACCGCGAGUUCGAGGUGAGUUACCGUCUGCACUACCACGGCAACGUGGAAGCAGACCAGCACCGCAUCAAGAUCCAAAACAUGCGGGACCAGGCCGACUGGCUCCUGCGCAACAUCAUCCCCAUCCACGUGGCCGAGCAGCUGAAGGUGACCCAGAGCUACUCCAAGAACCACGACAACGUGGGCGUCAUCUUCGCCAGCAUCGUCAACUUCAGCGAGUUCUACGAGGAGAGCUACGAAGGCGGGAAGGAGUGCUACCGAGUCUUGAACGAACUUAUCGGGGAUUUCGAUGAACUCUUGCGCAAAUCCGACUUUUCCAAUAUCGAGAAGAUCAAGACGAUUGGCGCCACCUACAUGGCGGCGUCGGGGCUCAAUACGCAACAGUGUAGCGAUCAAGCCCAUCCACACGCCCACCUGCGAGCGCUCUUCGAAUUUUCUUUGGAAAUGAUGCGCGUGGUGGACGACUUUAAUAAAAACAUGCUUGGCUUUAAGUUCAAGUUGCGAAUCGGGUUCAACCACGGACCUCUUACUGCCGGAGUCAUCGGUACCACAAAGCUACUCUACGACAUCUGGGGCGACACGGUGAACAUCGCAAGCCGGAUGGACACGACUGGCGUGGAGUGUCGUGUUCAGGUUAGCGAGGAGAGCUACUGCGUGCUCAGUGGAAUGGACUACGAGUUUGACUACCGCGGUACCGUCAAUGUGAAGGGCAAGGGUCAAAUGAAGACCUACCUUUACCCGAAGAGCUCAGACAGCGGACCUGUACCUCAAUACCAGCUCUCGGUCUCUCCAGAAAUCCGAGCGCAGGUGGAUGGCAGCAUCGGACGCUCACCCACCGAUGAAAUCGCCAAUAUGGUCCCAGCAGGCAGUGCUAGCAGAGUAGGCGCGUCAUUUUCUGUGAGCUCAGGACUCACCGGACAGGGAUUUGCUGGCAGAGACUUUCCCGAGAAGACUGGAAGCAAUGGUACAUCGAAGACUCAACGAUCUGCGUCUGCUGUUGGCCUGCUUUGCAUACCGGAAACCAGCUUGAGCGCAAGUCCAGUGGUUUUCGGUAAACCACCAGACCCGACUUUGACCUCUCCUCCUGUCCGGGCGGAAAUCGCAGAGGUUGUUGCAAAAAUGGAGGGAGAAAUUGCGUACAUGGGUGAAAUGACAAAACUUUGACUUGAAACAAGCCAACAUUGUUGUCGCUGUUGGUUUUAACCCUUUAAACACAGGCUCUCCGUGAGUUUGUCGGGAUAGGCGAGUUUAGGGAUGUAUGCUAGCGUAGAUUUGUGUCCGUGUAUGUGGAAAGUUUAAGCACACAACCUUGAAGUGUUUAUAGCGCUAGCCGAACCAGGAGAUACUUUCACAUCUGGAUGGUGGUGCAGGACCGUAAAAACUCGGAGGAGCCACAUGAACCAUUUCUACAUGGGAUACGAAAUGCAGAGGAGAUGCAUUUGGAUGGUACAGACCUGAAGUCCCAUCCUUAAAUAGACCGCAGUUAUUUCCGCUAAUAUGAAUAUUAUUUUCCUUUAGCUUCUACUAUUGUCUGCCUUUCGUGACUGGUUUUCUUUUAAUGAAGUGCCUUUAGGAUGAUAACAAUAUAUAGGAGGCAUUUUUCAAAAAGGUUUCUCAAUCAAAUCUUUCGCUGAAGAUCUAAAAGGUUUAGCAUGUAAAUUUGAUGUUAGAAAGCGCUUUAAUUUUUGUGAAAGUAUUUGAUAUAUUUUGGAAUAUUUGUAGGUACUCUCAGUUGGACGUUCAUCAGUCAGUAUUCAAAACAAUUUUACAAAGCAAAACUCUGUAUUGCGAUGAUUGCUGUUUUAAAAAUACCCAAGAUAAAACCAUCGCGUUGAAUGGUGCAUGGCCAAAAGUGUCUGUGAAGAAGUAUUAGUGAAAUGUAGAGCAAGUUAUGGGCUAAAUUCACCUACAGUCAACGAUAUGAAACAUUUCUACAGCGCUUUAUCUUGAUGCAUGUAUUCCUAAGUGUCUGAUUAUGGCCUUUUUCGUGAUUUUUCCUAUUGCUCUUCAUUCUGCAGCUAAAUGCUUGGUUGGCUGACCAACAUCUGAAUUUCAGAUGAAAAUUCUAAGACGAUGUGCAAGUUUGCCUUAACGCUAAUGAGAUCAUAGUCUUAAAGGACAAAAAUGCAUUCAUGCAUUAGCUACUGUGACUUUCAGACUUUACACAGAAUAUUACAUAAAAUAUAAACAUGGGCAGUCAGUUUUAAGAUAUAGGCAGUUUGUUUACAAGUCAUCAUAAAAUCAACACUGAACCCAUUUACUCUCCUAAAAACAUUCCUAGUCUUAUGAUUCAUAAGUGCACGUUGUUGUAAUAGCAAAAAUGUCUGUAAUCUUUCAUCAAAAAUUAAACUUGCACCGCCUCUGAAAUGGCUUUUCGGCAGAUGUCACCUUGGCUGUGCAGGCAAUUCAAUAUUAAACUGAUUAUGGCAAUAAUAGCAAGUGGGCCUACUGAUAGAUUUGAAAACAACGCUUUAAAAUUGGACAAAUUCUGGUCAAAAAUCCUAAAAAAUUGGGAAACAAAAGCUGGUAUCGUCUACUUCCACCGUCUAAUCCCGGGGUACUCAACGGGGGCCUGUCUGCUUUAAUUUUGUGACCUGCCUCAUGCAGAAGACUAAUGUAUUUAAUCAAGCAAGUCUUAGAUAUGUGAUAAACUGCAUUUCUAAAUCAGUAAAACUGCAAAUAUAGUCUUAAAGUCUUACGAUGCAAAUUGUAAUUUGUGGCCGUUUGCAUUUUGUGUGGUUUAAAUGCGGCCCGCUUGGCCUCUGAACUUGAGGAUCCCUGGUCUAAUCAAUUCCUGAUGGAUCAAAUUAAAUCUAUCCUGCUUUUUUUCUUAUGCAAUAUAUAAUGUUUCACUUAAAAUGACGUCAUAUUGAUUUUAAUUAUUGUGCACUGGCAUCUUGAGUGGUAAAAGUUAAUUCAAUUAGUUCAAAUGUGAAAAAAUAAAACUUUAACUGUACUCAAAUCUAAAGAGAUAAUUAAGUCACCAUAGUGGCAUAACAGUUGAAGAACUGGCAAUAAUCUAGGUAUCAUAUAUGUACCCGGCCAGUCAAAUGUACAGACUCGUGUGAAUAUUAGAAUAGAUUAGACCAUAGCCUUGACUCCGCCUGCUUGUCUUUUGAUGUGCAAUAGUAAAGGGUAAAUUAUUGUAUGGGAUAUUAGCAAAAGGAAGUAGAUUGUAAUCUUUUUAACAUUGAGCUUUGUGAGUAACUUAAUCUGCAUUGAUACUACAUACAUUUUAUGGCUGUCUAAUGAUUUAAAAAUUGAUGUUUUACAUUUUGAUAGCAGUUUAGUGUAUUUGCCUUUUCCCUUACAUUUUGGCUUUAUGAUGGGUGACCUGUAUUAGUUUAAAAGGGUUGUGUGCUCAAAGAUUUGCUGUUGAUUUGCCAUGCUUCACAUUCAGUGGUGAUAUUAAUGGGAAUAUGAGAAAAUGUGAAAUGUAUAGCUUUUCUUGACAUCGCUGUGAAUUAUUAACAAGC